AUGUUUGUGCCCGAGGAGUAUAGUUUGAGAGGAAGGUUCAUUUAUCUAAUUGACGCUGGAUUGGAGGUAGGGGAAGGUGCUUUAGGCAUUGUAAUUCCUAGCCCACUGAUUAGAUCGAACAGAACAGCUGAAGUUAUCUGGGGUUCUUGCAAGGAGGAGAUAAUUACUGACUCCGACUUGAGAGAAAUUGACCUGUACUCCUCCUUCCAAGGUCUCCUUAAGCAUGAGGGAAAAGCCAAGUUUGGUGCAGCUUAUCACCAGUGGCAAAUAGAUGCGGCAAAUUUCAAUAUUGAUGACCAUUACCCAGUUAGGGAGUUAUGGGCACGUGCUAGAAGCUGCUGGACUAAAAUCCUAACCCAUGAAAGCAUGUCUGUGCUGGUGGUUGCUCACAAUGCUGUUAAUCAGGCUCUUGUUGCAACGGAGGCCUAAUGCAAGAAGGAGGAGGUUUGUGAUAAAUGGCCAGCAGGGUUUUUAUGCGGAUUCAGCUGGAUAGAGGUUUUGACAGUGGAAGUGCUGUUUGCAAAUGCUUAGCAUGAACAGUCUGGAUGCUGGACUGUGUGGAUAGUUUUAUGGCUUUAGUGUUGUUGAAGGAUUAAAGCCAACUCUUUGUAGUUAGAGUUCUUUGAAUUCCUUUGGUUCUUGUAAUUC